GUGCAUGAUUUAUGGGGAUUACAAAAAACAACAAUAUAUAUGAAGACCUAUAAAUUAAUGUAUUUGAUGCAAUAGCCUAUGGCAAUACUAAUUUCAACAUAAUAAUCCAAAUAAUUUAGGACAUUGUACACGAUCAAAGUUAUCAAGGGAUUUAAGAAACAUGGUCAAUCACGGGAUUACAUCCUAUAUGUGAUGCUCAGUCAGUAUAGUCCGCAUCAUGUUUUGUCAACACACCGUGUUCUCCAUGAGGAACACAGCGGCACGCUCUGUGAGUCAGCAUGACGCGGAUGAAUCACGGGGUUUGAGGAUGGCCUAUAAAAGACAGCUGACAUCAGCCUCAGCUCCAGAGAAAGUUUGAGUGACGAUGAAAAGUCACAUCGCAGAUUCUGCCCAGUAUGUUGCGUGGAGCUAAGAGCCAACAUCGAAUUAAAACGAUGGAGGGAGGCAGCAUCUCCAGCGGAACACAGACCACCCCCACCCCGGUUGCGCACCAGCUCAGCAGUUCCACCACUGAUGUGCCCCAGUUUCAUGGUAAUAUGGACGGGCAGUGCUCCGCCGGGUCCUCCAGAGUCUUACUGGCGUACAAAAACGCGUCGCAGGCGCAGCAUCUGAGUUCAUCGGGCAUUAAAAUGGGAUUGGGGAUACUUAAAGUGGCCUCGUCUCAGUGGAAACAGGACAAGAAGACGCGCUCAGAUGUAGCCGUAAGGCAACUGUCCACAGCCAACAGCAGUCACGCUUGCAAGAGAUCCCCACUUGAUCAGCUGGCAGCUCUGGUUCUCCACGGGCAAACCCGGCAGCGCCAAAUUGGCCAAGCGCAAGCACCGACCAAGCCUCAGAACUGUAAGCGCAUCGUGGUCCUCGGUGCGCCGCGGGUUGGCAAGACCUCCAUCCUAAGAAGAUAUCUCACGGACGGGUUUGUGGAGGAGUACAGUCCCACCUCCGAGGAUUUCCUGAGGAAACUGUUUCGUAUCCGCGGGGAGACGUACCAAAUUGACGUGCUGGACGCGUCCAGGGAAAGGGAUUUCCCAGCCAAGAGGCGGCUGUCUAUCCUCACUGGAGACAUUUUUCUCCUAGUGUUCAGUCUAGAUGACCGGAGCUCUUUUGACGAGGUGUGCGCCCUGAGAUCUGAGAUUCUGGCCGCUAAAUCCAAGCUCUCCAAAUCCUCAGCGCAGUGCGCACAGCCGCAGGUUCCCCUGGUGGUCUGCGCCAAUAAGGCAGAUACCCUGAAGUCCAAGAGAGGAAUAUCUGCGGCAGAGGUGCUCCAAGUCCUCGGUGAUGACUGUGCCUAUUUUGAAACAUCUGCAAAGGAAAGCACAAAUUUAGAUGAAGUCUUUGAAACUUUGGCCACGCUCGGCGGGCUUCCGGCUGAAACUGGCCCGUCUCAGCAUCGCAAACUCUCCCUCCGCUCCUACCAGGCGACGCGCACAGGCCGUGUGCCUGGGAGGGGCUGUCCGGCCCCGGGGCGCGAGGAAGCUUGCGGCGCUCUGUACCCACUGGCCCGUCGGCCCAGUUUUAGCACGGAUCUCCGACAUGUGAUCGGGUUACAUUCCGCCAGAAAGCCGAGCAAAGCGCUGGAGAAAUGUCGGAUUCAAUAAGAGAAACACAGGCUGAGACGAAGUUUACAGAGCAGAUAGAAACAAGGAAUUAAGUCCAUGUUGUACAUCA